GUAAACUGGAAAAUGUUUUGUUUCGCCAGGGACGAUGAAAAUUUUAACAGUCGCAUUUGGGCUUAUUAUAGUGUGGUCGGCGUCUUCCGAUGGGACAGAAAUGUUUAUGCAAGCAGAGGACAUGCUAGGGAACGUGUCCAAAAUUAUUCCAAGAAGCCAUGCAUCUGGACACAAAUCUGUACACUUAUUCACCGGAGAUAGUUUAGAAACUGAACUGUGCUUUAAAUCUGGCACGAACUUCGCAAUGAAUGAACUAAGGUAUUCGAACGAUGGUCCUUCAGAUCGGAUACGCAUCACCUUAGACAAGCUGGUACUAGAAGAGUUUGAGACAAUUAUGGUCACAGACGGUGGUAAGGGAUGGAACAGAUUUAAAACUUAUUACGGUAGGAAUUCGCCUGUUGCAGAAGGUCGCCAUAUUUUGAAAGUGAUAGUUUUGGAAUCGGAUAAGUACGGUGUUGAAAUAGAUUUCAUUAAAUUCAGUGUAAAUAAUUCACAGACGCUGGAUUCUUUAAGCUGCAAAUCAUUUUGUUUUGAUAAUAUUACAUUUCCGUUCUAUAAGACAGCAGUGUCAUCAUCGAGUAUCGCAAGGGCUGUACAGCGGACUGUCCAAACAAAAUGUGCCGAAGAGGACAAUAUAAAUAUACCGGUCUUUCACGACAACACUUCGGCGUUGAAUUUUUUAGUUACUGCAAGUUUACAUAAAUAUCAUUCAUCUAAAAACAGUCGUGGCCCUGACUGGACUAACUGUAAAAUGACGGAUGCCUUUUGGAGGUACAAGGACAUUGUUUUAAGUCACAGUCAUAUUAGAGAAACAGAAACAUCUAGCUUCCACAUUACCCAAGUUACACCGGGAUUUUUCGGAACGUCACAUGUUUGGGUUAUUGAAGUCGAUUUUGAACUUGAAGGGCCUAGUACAGGAUUGACAGAUUCAGAAAUUGGAGCAAAUAUUCAUCUACAUAAUAUCCAAUAUGACGGUAUUCUGGCGCUGCAGUUUCAAUACUAUAAUAGAUACAAUGUCUGGUCAGACAAACAAGACAAAAUUAUCAAAAACGCGAAAAGAAAUGUCAUGUUUAGAACACCCGACUUCUCCUUUAGAGAAGGGAAAGGAAAUAAAAUAAGGAUUGAAGUCUACGCAGAUUCGAAUACUCCAAAUAUAACAAUUGGACACCUUCAUAUGUAUAAGAGGACUCUAAAACCGGACAAGAGCACAACACUCUAUACUGACGGGGUGACAAUUAUAGAAGGAGUUAAUAUAGAUAUGUGGUGGAGAACCAAUGAAACUAUGAGUGUAACCAUUAAAGGUGAUAAACAAUUCCAUGAAGUCGACUAUAUCAGAAUUUACCGAAGAGUUCCAUGGACGGAAAGUGACUUUUCUCAAAUUUUUGUUCUCUAUCAAGACGCUAACGUGCGUCUUCUUCCUACAACUCCACAGGGAUUUGACUAUAUACCCUUCGGAUCGUCCGUUAUAAUUGGCCAAACCAACCCACUGUCGAACCGACCAUGUGCACCGAUUUCUCACCUUGAUAUUGACCCAAAUUUGUUAGAAAUUACAGUUUUCUUUAUUGACAGAAAUGUUGUUACACUAAAGAUACAGACGACGGAGUCAGAGACACAGCUACAUGUUUCUUAUACUCACGUCACGAGAGAUGUUAACUUGCACCCAUUUUUCACAUUGCGUUCUAUGUAUGUUGCAGACGACAAUAACGAUGUUGAUCACAUUAGCGCUGAUGACGGAAUACCGAUGAAAAUUAAUGAACAAUGGAACGAACUUCGAGGAAACUUCUUUGCAUUUUACAGACAAUGUAUAUCGAAACACAACACACAAAGUCCAGACAUCAGUAUCCGUAUGAUAUCUUCAUCUUAAACUCAAAUUUUCAAGAAUAUAAAUGUCCUUGUAGGACUUACAUGGAAACAUCUUUUUAUGAUUUUUAACGUUAGUAAAUGUGGUUCACCGUCAGUCGCAUCCAUAGCACUGUAGCAUGUUCUUUCCACUGAAGUCAAAGCAGAAUUACAGGAAAUAUUGACCUAAUAAAAGGCCAACAGAGCCGUCUCCCCAGGCCAACAGAGCUAUCUCUACCAGGUGUAUUUAGAAGAAAACAAUUCAGUAUGAACUGAUGACAAUAUUAGCCAGAACUUGCUUGUGCAUGGUAACAAAACAGAAUCUGUUAUUUACAAACAAGUUGACACCCUGUCCCGUUGGCGUAUAAGUAACUCUUUGUUGUAUUUGCAUUAUAAUCAAAAUCCAUAUUACAAUAUUGAUCAAAAUACACAACUGGCGAUGAACUGAGUAACUGUAGUUAUAAACGAGCGAUGUACCCGCCAGAUGCCGCCAGAAGAGUGUCUAAUUCAGACCAUCUUCAUGGCAGCACACCCAGAGUUGCGCAGUGAGCAACACAUAAGUGUCCCCUACCCCACGGUGGUAUCCACCGCAGGUGUAGUUUCCCCGUGCGAAAUUAUUAUAUUUGAAAUUAUAUGUAUAUAACGAAAUACUGUGUAUGUAUAAGUUACUGAGAUAAAACUAUGUUCUGUUCUGUUCUGGUUAUAUUUUUAAUCGCUAGAAUAUUAAUAGAAAUAAAUGUUUUUGUUUAAAGUGUAUCAUGUUUUUUUAAACUGACAUAAUGGCAUAAAAUGUACUAUUCUUAAGGUAAAAAAUUGAACAAUAUCAUGGAAAAAUUCAUCUUGAUAAUUUAUUUAGAAGAUUAUCAUUGUUUAUAAUGCUAUGCAAGUAUAUAUAAAAUUGAUCAGCUUCACGGAUAAAGGGCAUAUAGGCAUUUGUUACAUAGUUUUAGAAAAGGUAUAUGUUUGCAGGCCAUAGUCUGUGCGGCUAUGUGAUCAACUUUAGCUGUGUAAGUCAUAACAGAUAUGUAGUUUUAUAGAAAGUAUUUGUGAAAUUACUUUUACUCCUGUAAGCAAUUUUAAUUCUAAAUAUGGUUAGUUUGUCGGUUUUUAUUUCUCUGUAUUACUAUUAAUAGAAAAGCGUUUCACUGAAAAUUGUCAAACUAUAAAUAUUUUGGAAAUGUCUUACAACUUUAUCAUGAAAUAUAUAUGGAAAAUGUUCGCUAUGAUAAAUUUUAAGCUAUUUAUAUUAAAAUGAUCUGUCUUGAAAUAUGCAAAAAUAGUGGCAUUUCACAACUUUGGUUUGGUAAUGUUUUUCCCUAUGGCACAUGUUUAAUAUAUCUGUUUGAUAAAAUAGUUACAAUUUACUUUUAUACUUGUUCAAUAGAAAUGUUAAACUGUU